UAUCUGCCAAAAGGAUCUACUAUACCUCUGGGCUGAAGCGCGCCAUCUUCACCGUUGAUAUUAUACACCAUGAAUGAUUGUCAAGGGAUUGCGGAGGACCUGAUUGCCGCUACCGAAAUAAUUGUUUUGGUGUGUCACUUCUCUGCAGUGACGGUGUUUGGUUAAAGGGAUACGGUGGUAGUCUACCGGUGAUGAUCAACCUGACAGCGGGAGCCUCCCAUGACAGCCAAACCAAGUGAUGCAGCGAAACGUACGCGUGUUUUUCUUGUGUCGGGAAACGCGAAAUGAAACAACCGGGAGCGAAAGGAGGAAAGGCUCAUGUGUAUUUAGGGAAUAUAACACCAGAAUGACUUUAUAUUUCCCUUUCGGAUUUAAGUCAUUGCAUCAGAAUUUCCAUUACGGAAUGCAACAGAAUCGGUGACCAAGGAUACUGGACGACUUGCUGUCUGCCAUCUGCUGCUCUAAGAAGCAAUAUGCUAUCAGAAUCCAUCCAACGUCUUUAUACUCCUAUGGAAACAGCAACUCUGGCAGAAUGUGAAGAGGGGAAAAAGGCAUUAUAUCUAGAGGAUUGGAUUUUGUGAGCAUCUCUUGCUUGCUGCUGUCUGCUUUUCCUUUGCAGACUAGCAGUAACAAUAUUUGAGUUUCUCCAAUGACUCUCUAUCUGUUGUUUAUAUUGAAUUUUGGUGGUAUUUAUUUGUCUGAAACCACGUGGUUGCUAUUUGUUUUGCAUCUCUUCUGAAGAGAGAGAAGCAGAUAAGAGGACUGUUACAUGCAAUAUGCCAACAUUUACAUCUUAAUAAAUGAUUUAAUACACAGAUGUUGAUGGAUGAGCAGUCAUACUGGAGCUAAUAACAGCAUCGCAUCAUCUCAUUCACCUCCAUCAAUCAAAUGUUAUUUAUUAUUUAUACAACACUUAACGGCAACCGGGACCUCAACCCCACCAAGGAGCAUCCGAGGUGACGUCAGUGGAAGAACUCUGGGGAUAUGGGAGCGCCAUUCAUUCUUCUUCAGGAAAAUGGAAGUUUAAUACAAAGGUUUAUCAUACAAAAUAAAUGUGUUUUCGGCAUUAGACUAAAGUCUUCACACAAAACACCAAGCUCAGGUGAAUGACCUCCGUCUUGCAUGUGUGUGUGUGGAAUGCUGGACAUCAGAAUGAAGGAGGCGUGUCGUAUCUGCGCCAGGGAGCUCUGCGGUAACCAACGGCGAUGGAUCUUCCACCCCGCCUCCAAACUCAACCUGCAGGUGCUCCUGUCCCACGCCCUGGGGCGAGAGCUGAUCCGCGACGGCCGCGGCGAGUUCGCCUGCUCCAAGUGUGCCUUCAUACUGGAGCGCAUGUAUAGGUUUGACACGGUGAUUGCCCGGGUGGAGGCCCUGUCCAUUGAACGGCUGCAGAGGCUGCUCCAGGAGAAACACCUGCUACGGGGCCUCAUCGGUGGCCUCUACCGGAAGACCAACAGGGAGGAUGGAGGCGGUUGUGCAGGGGCCGUUACUGGGCCUGGGGAUACGGGAGGAGGGGGAGGAAGGGUACAGGGGGAUGGUAUGGUGGACAUGUCCGGUCUGACCCAUGCUAAGUACUGUGCUCUGCUCCAGGAGGACUUGGUGUACUCUCUGUAUGAGUCCUGGGCUGAGGAGGGGUUAGAGUUCGGGGGUCAUAAUCAUCAUCAUCAUGGGCAUCCCCAACAAUGCGCAGGGCCUGCGCCAGAGGUGACGGCUGUGGGGUCACAGCGCUGUGGGACUGUCACGCGUUCACCCAGGAAGUGCCGAGGGUGCACGGCGUGGCGAGUGGCGGACUCAGACUACGAGGCUGUGUGUAAAGUACCCAGGAAGUUGGCACGGAGUAUUUCCUGUGACCCAUCGACGAGGUAUUCGGUCAGCGUGAUUGGAGGAGGACGUGCAAGUGGAGGAGGAAGAGGAGGGGAGAAAGAUCCAGAGGGGACCCCCUCCUCGCUCACGCUGAUCCCUGGGUCCAACCCUACGCCCCGGACUUCGGACAGCGACCCUACCCUGGUGGGCAGGGUAGCCAGCUCCAGCCCCUCUAUAGACUCCCUGGACAUAACCGGAGAAUCUACCCAGCUGUCUGCAAUCCAAGAUGGGCCCGAGGGGCUAGAGUAUCCCCAGGACCCCCUGGAUGAUCGGUUCUCCGACUCCCUCUCCGAGGAGCACCACCUGGUGACUCCACUGAGGUCGGCCUCCCAGCUCUCACUGGCCCUCUGCCUGGUCCAGAACUGUGUGUACCGGCCAGUCCAGAGCCCCAAGGGAAGCAGACUGCCUGUACUCAACAGACAGGGCCCCAGCAGCGGAGGCUCCAGACUGAGCUUCCAUGAGCCGGCCUUGGGGUUGCUGUAUGGAGGUCUGAAUGGAGAGGGGGAGAGUCAUGUCCAUGUGCCCGACCCGGAGGCCCCUCUGAUCAGGCUGGAUGGAGGGAUAGAUGGGGGUCUGGACCUGGCUGAGAUGGAGGAGCUGUGGGAGGAUCUGUAUCAUGAGUGUCCUCCCCCACGCCCCCACCAGACUCUGAUCGAGGAGCAGCAGAGCCAGUUGAACCAGUAUGAGUGUGCAGCAGGUCAGUGUGUCAGUGAGCUGCAGAAGGCCCAGCAGCAGGUCCAGUCCCUGCAGGCCAAGAGCCAGGAGAGCGAAGCCAACAACGCGAAGUUGCAGGAGAAGCUCAUUGAGAUGGAGUGUGAACUGCGUUCCAUCCGCCAGGGAGCUCAGAGCCAGGAGCGCACCAUCCAAUGCCUGACCGAUUCUGUCAGUACCAAGGAUAACGAGGCCGUGGAGCUGUACCAGCUAAUUGAGGGGCAGAACGCAACACUGUGUAAGCUGAGAGAGAUGGCCCACCGCAACCAGAUCACACACACUGAGGAUCCAGAGGGGGGCAGUGAGGGUGCGAGUUUAGCCCAGUUUCAGGGUGAGUUGGUGGGGUUACAGAGCUCUCUGUUCACCCUGGGUCUGGAGCUGGAAGCCAGUCAGAGAGCCCAGAGACAGAGCCAGAGACAGGCUGAGGACCUGAGCAGAGCUAAAGACAGACUCCACUCUGACCUAAAGGAGGCACUGCAGCACAGGGAGGUCACCGACAAACACAACCAGGACUUGCGCAGUGCCCUGGCUCAGUCUGGCUUUGAGCUGCGGACUAAAGAGGCUCAGCUGGAGGAGAGUAAGGUGGAGAGACGCACAGAAGUUCAGGAGCGAGACAAGAACAUCACCCAGCUCAAACACUCCCUUCAGGACAAGGAGAGGCAGCUACAGGAGUACUCUGAACUCCUGGAAUCAGCAGACAGGUCCAAACCCAGAGAUGCUCUGCUGGACAAACUGAGAGAACGCAUCAGAGACAGGGACAGAGCAUUGGAGCGGUCUAUAGAUGAGAAGUUCAGUGGUCUGGAAGAGAGGGAGGAGCAGGUGAGGAAACUACAGCUGUCCCUUCGAGAGAAGGAGCGAGACCUGGAGAGACUGCGCUGUAUACUGUCCAACAACGAGGAGACCAUCACGAGGCUGGAUGCGUUGGUGCGGGGUAAGGAGCUGGACGUGGAGCAGACAGCAGAAGCCCUCAGGAACCUGCAGUGGCUCCAGCAGCAGAGUGAGGAGAGAGAGAAGUGCACUCUGAGAGAGAGAGACACGCUCAUCAGCCAGCUACAGACUGCCCUGCAGACACGCAGCCAGGAGACACAGGACCUCACGGCAGCCCUCCUGGCUAAGGUCCAGGCAGGCCCCAGUGGGGUGGUGGAGGAGCUGAAGGCUCGCCUCGCGCUGAAGGAGAAACUGUUUCAGGAACUGCUGUCAGACCGCAGCCGCCAGAGCCACGAACACCAAGCACAGGUCCAGGAUCUGCUCAGCACCAUCAGCACUAAGGACCAGUACAUACAGGACUGCUCUGAUAGGCUCUCUCAAGUGAUUGGCGAGCGGACGGGCCAGCUUCAGGAGUUGCGCAGGCAGCUGUCGUCACAGGAACGGGAGAUGGGUGAGCUCCGGAAGGAGAGAAUGGGAGAGGCAGAGCGACUGCAGAACCUGCUGAAGGAGAAAGAGGCUUUUAUCCAGAGUCUGAUGCAGAGCCAGGAGGAGAGCAUGGAGCUCUCCACACCAGAGGGGACAGAAGAGGUACAGGCCAUUCGGGAGGAGCUGCAGCUGGUCAGGAAGAAGGAGAAGGAGGCUCAGCUGGAGAUUUCAGCCCUGCGUUCAGCUCUAGCUCAGGCCCAGGAGCAGGCCCAGAAGCAGGGGGAUAGGUUUAAGAUCCUGGCACCAGGAGUAGUAGCCAGGGAGCCCUCCAACACUGACCACCAGAGUGUGUUGGAGCAGUUGGCCAGUGAGUACCACAGGCUGAACGAUGCUCUGAGGGCAGAGAAGAGGCUGUACCAGAGUCUGAGCCAAAUCCAGGCCAGAGGAAACAGCAGCUCAGAGAAGACCCGGGCCCUGCACACCGAACUGGACUCUAUUCAGGCACUCCGAGGGCAGCUGGAGGAGGUCCUAGCCAGGACCCAGAAGACCGCCCUGGCACUGGAGAGGGCAGCUAAGAGGCAGUCUGACUUUGGAGAGCUCAGCACGGAGGAAGAGGAGGAGGGAGACGAUGAACAGGGCAGCACUGAUGAGUUCUCAGACAGUAUCGAAGACGAUGAGGAUAAACUGACUGCCAAAAGCCUGGCCUCCACUAAGAACUCUGGAAUGGCCUGUGGGCAGGGGGUGCUGUCUGGAGGACCUGUGAGUGGAGCACUGUCCCAGGGGGCCAUGGGGCAGGUGAAGCAGCUGGCUGAACAGAAGAGAGCAAUAGAAGAAGAACUGGAGGAGAUGAGAACACAGCUGGAGACCACCGGCUACUCCUCCCUAGCCCAGAUGAGGAGUACACUGCUGAGGCUGCAACAAGAGAACGAGGCCCUAAAAGAGAACCAAGGGGAGGUAGAAGCUCUAGGAGAGCUGGAAGAUGCAACAGACACGUGUCAAGGAUGGGAACAGGAAGAGGAAGAGGAGGAGGAGGAAGAGGUACUACCAGCAGUGGGACCCACCCAGAGCAAGCGUGGGCCCCCAGCAGUAAGGAUGAGAGAGGGAAGGGGGAAGAGACAGUGUACCAGACCUCACUCCUUAGACCUGGGUACUCUCCUGUCCCACCGUCAGCCAGACCACACAGAGAAGGAGGCGGGGUCUGAUGAUGUCACUGGUGAUGUGGGCGGGUUCUGGCAGCAUGUGGAGACGGGUCUCCGUGAGCAUGCGGUUCGUCUGCGUUCUGAUUUGGCGCUGAGCAGACAGGAGAGCAGAGAGCUGCAGGAGAGACUCAUGGUGUCUGAGGCCACGGUCCACGCGCAGGCUGAACAACUCAAGGACUACAGGGAACUACUGACGGAGACGUCAGUUGAGCAGGACAGCAAGCAGGUCCAGGUGGACCUACAGGACCUGGGCUAUGAGACGUGUGGCCGUAGUGAGAACGAGGCAGAGAGAGAGGACGCCAGCAGCCCGGAGUUUGAUGAUCUGGAGAUGUGUACCUCACUGAGCCACCAGCAGGACUAUGAGCGUGCUGGGGUUUGGUUCCAUGGUGAUGGGGGGGUGGGCGGGGCUUAUGACGAGGGGGAGGAGUCAGUGACAGGCUCUCUACAGCAAUUGGUCCAGGACCUGCGUUCUAAGCUGGCCCGCUGUCACAAGGUGAUUCGUGGGUUGCAGCUACGUGUGCGUUCACUAUCCACCACCAGCGACUACGCAUCCAGUCUGGAACGCCCCCCGCGCAAGGUGAACUGGGCAUUCGAGGCCUCCCCAGCCCCCAGCGGUGUGGAGGAGGAUGAGGGCUGGAUGUCCGACAGCCUGGGGCCUCGCAUGGAACCCAAGCCCAGCCGGGAGCUGCGAGAGCUGAUGUCCCGAGUGGCCUCACUGGAGGCGCAACUCAAGAGCUCCAGGCUGGAGGGGAAAGGAAGGGCGGUGGAGGAGGGGAAGUGUGCUACCUGGCCCGGGAAGUACAACACUCUGAUCCAGGCACAGGCCAGGGAGUUGUCCCACCUGCGUCAGAAGAUGAGGGAGGGCCGUGGAGUGUGUCACAUCCUCACACAGCACCUGGGAGACACCACCAAGGCGUUUGAGGAGCUGCUGCGUGCCAACGACAUCGACUACUACAUGGGGCAGAGCUUCAGAGAGCAGUUGGCACAGAGCACUGCCCUGGCACAACGUGUGGGCACCAAGAUCAGUGGGCGUGACCGUGCUGAGCUCCAUGAUGAUAAGAUGGGCCAUGAGCUGCUUGCUUUACGGCUGAGUAAGGAGCUCCAGCAGAAAGAUAAGAUCAUCGAGUCCCUCCACACCAAGCUACAGCAGCGUUCCGACACCCCCUGCAGCAGCCACGCCCACUCAGAGACCACCGACCAAUCAGACAGGACCUCCUUUGUGUCAGACGAGUGCCGGACCAAUGAGGACCUGGAGCUAUGCUCAGAUGUGGACGAAGCCAGCGAAUAUGCUCAGGGAGAGCAGGAACAGGGACAUGGUCCAGGAAACACAGGCUUUGUGGUUCCGCACGCCAACGCUCUGUCCAACCUCGCACCAGCCGCCCACCACCAGCCAGACCACUCCCCUUACGGCCAGAUUACCCAUCAUGCCUUUUACCCACACCAGCUAGGCAGCCGACCCCCAGGCCAAGCCCUGAAGGCCAACACAGACCUGGUGGAGAAUGGUGCAUUGUGGGAUAUGGAGAACAUGGUUCAGCCAGCCAGGGUUGGGUCAUCAGGAAACAAUUCAAGAAACAGCUUCACUGGCAUGAAGACCCCUUUUCAUUGAUCAAAUUAUUUUCCAUAUAGGUUACAAGUUGUGCUUAUUCAUAAGGCACUUGAAAGAUUUAUCUUUGAACUUACCUUUGUAUGCUAAUCCAUGAACUUUCAACUUUUGAUGAACUUUACAUAUUGGCUAUACACUAUUUUACAGCAUCUCGGUUCAUCUAUGACCAAGGCAUGCACAAUAUACACUAUGCACAAAGAUGCUGACGUAAACAAGAAUCUGAACUCUCUUCUCUGUCCUGUGUUCCCCAGGUGUGGACCUGAUCGAAGAGCACCUGAGAGAGGUGCGGUGUCUGCGUCAGCGUCUGGAAGAGACUAUCAGGACCAACGAAAAGCUCAGGCAGCAGUUGGAGGAACGCCUGGCCACCACCGGCCGCGACGGAGGAGCCCCCACUAACAUCUACAUCCAGGGAGUGGACUCUGUCAGCCAGUUGUCCAAUGAGAUCAGAGUCCUGAAAGAGGAGAACCUGGCUCUCCAGGCACACCUGCAGGCCAGCUCAGAUACGUGUGAGGAGGCGGAGCAGCUGCGUGAAGUGGUGGUGACGGGGCAUGCCCGCCUGAAGCAGGCGGAGCUAGAGGCGGAGCAGUGGAAGGAGGAGCUCCGACGGCUACAGACACACAGCCAGGAGCAGGGACAGCAGAUUCACACACUCAGACAGGAGAGGCAGAACAGCCAUGACAAGAACAAUAGGCUCCAGCAGCAGUUGUGUGAGAGCAGGGAGCUGCUCCACUCUCUGCAGAGUGAGUUGCAGGUCUACCACAGAGUGUGUGUCAACGCCAAGGGCAACCCAGGGUACCUGUGUGAGGGCCAGUACGGUGGGGUCCCUGCCCUGCCCGUGGAGCUGGGGGAGCUGCUAGGGGAGGUGAGGAGCCUCAGAGCCCAGCUCCAGUCCAGUGUCCAGGAGAACAGUGUCCUGAAACAGCUGGAGCUCCACAAACACCUGGAGCAGAAGCUGGGAGGUGGGGUCCACGGAGGGGUUGGGGUCAUUGGGGGGAUGGAGCCCCCUCGUACCCCGUCUCUCAGUGCCCUUACAGCCAGCCCCCAGAGGGACAGCCUCUACAGACGGCAGCUACUGCAUGGUAAGGGCGUGUUGUCUGGUGUAGUGGUGUGGUUUGGGGUUACAGUAUGGAAAUACAUUUUGAUAUCAGCUUGAUAGGCACCAAUACUCAAUACCAGCCUAAGCUUAAUAUUGGCCCACUCUUCAAAACUAUCAAUGGGACCUACCGGUUUGUCUCAUGUAAAUCCCAUUGAACUGACUGAUUGCUGUGUUUAAUGAACAAAUAACAACAGAGUAAUGCAAUUUUUUUUAUUGAAAGCACUAUCAUUUAGUGAAUGUUGAAUGUUCAGGGUUGUGUGUGUGGUGGCCGAGCAUCCCUGUCUGUCUGUGUGUGUGUGGUGGCCGAGCAUGCCUGUCUGUCUGUGUGUGUGUGGUGGCCGAACAUCCCUGUCUGUCUGUGUGUGUGUUGUUCUGCAGACCCAGCUCCGUCUCCCCCGGUCAGAGACAUUGGGCUGUUUAACUGUGGAUCUCCAUACCACGUUCUCUACACAGACCUGGAGGAGACCCCGCUCACUGCCAAUGAUCUGGACCCCCACUCAGAGCUGGAGGGUGACGCCCCGGACGGCUCGUUCUCUAACCGGAACGGGCGCCAUGCCAUCGGGCACGUGGACGACUACAGCGCUCUGCAGCAGCAGGUCCUGGAGGGGAGGAGUCUGGUCCAGCGAAUGGAAACAGCCCUGCAGGCCUGCCUCAGCCAAUCAAUGCUGGAGGGCAGCCACGACCAGGUCCUCCUGGACUAUGGGCGUGUGAGGAGUCUGCUGUCUAACACCAAGACCCUGAGACAGAUCCUAGAGGAGGUUGUAUCCCUGAUGAAGAUGUUUUGGAGGGCUGCCCUUCCCAGCACAGACCGUUACACCCAUAACCUUAAGAAGGAGCAGUGUAUGCAAGAGGAGAUUCUGUCUCUGAGGGGGCGUAUCUCGGAGCAGGGGGAGGUGCUUCAGGGAACCAUCCAGAGACUGAGGAGCACCAGCCGCACCAAGGAAGGCAUGGAGCACUUCAUCGUCAAGCAGCUAUCAAGGACUCGUGAUGUGCUGAAAAAGCCAGGACUAACUUAGAGCUGAAGACCGAAGUCACGCCAAUGAACGGCCUACUGAUUGGAGUUUCUUGAAGCCUGGUGACGCCCCGGCAAUGUCCAAUCGGCGUCCGGGAACCAGGAAGCGUGGCAGCCAGUGUCUGCUCCAGGUGCUGACCUGUUAAAGAACCAGCCAGCCCAACACCACGACCUCUGACCCCACAACCCCUCCUCUGCCUCACCCAUCACCCCAUCCACCUCUCAGCCUAGUCUAUAGCACUGAACGUCAACCCUCAGAGCACUCCAUCCAUUCUUUCUUUCUCCACCAUUUCUCUCCUGCCGGCAAUUCUUGCCCAAGACUCUUGCACCUCGAGCCUUACCUGAAUUCGUCCUCCUUUAGUUUUCAUUCCUCUACCGUCGUUCGACUGUUCUUCAUUUAUCCCUUUCUUUUCUCCCACCUCCACCCACCCCUGUUCUUCUGUUGGUGUCUUCUAGCUCCAGAGACUGUUGGUUCAGUCUGAUGUUUGCCUUGUGAGUGUGAAGAAGAAGGUGGUUUGAAAUGUGCCUCUGAUGGUAACAGUAAUGUGUGUCCUUGACUGCUGUAGAAGAAGUAGGGGUAAGCUGGUCCUAGACACUGAUCUAAGGUCAGAUUUGCUUUUUCCCUAAUGGUAAAGGUAAUGAGGGGGGUAAACUGGUCCUAGACACUGAUCUAAGGUCAGAUUAGCUUUUUCCCUAAUGGUUAAGGUAAUGAGGGGGGUAAGCUGGUCCUAGACACUGAUCUAAGGUCAGAUUAGCUUUUUCCCUAACGGUAAAGGUAAUGAGGGGGGUAAGCUGGUCCUAGACACUGAUCUAAGGUCAGAUUAGCUUUUUCCCUAAUGGUUAAGGUAAUGCUGGUCCUAGAUCUGUGGCUGAGGGAAGCUUCUACCCAGAGCAUAGAUAGUGUGCUCCUCUGCCUGGUAGCUUUUGGAUGGGAUAAGUGUCAAUGCAUGUGAACUCAAGGCUUGAGAAAGGAAAUGUAUACAAACGUAUACACACAAAGUACAGUACACACACAUACAUUCACAGACAUACAUGUUCAAUCAAUUUCUUUUCAAACAAAUGUUCAACUUCAAUUGCCACUGAAAUGCAAGCUUUCUUCUUGUGGCAUUUCAUCAAUGAGGACUUUCUUUGCAAAUACAAUGCAAAAAUACAAUGACAUCCACAAUCUAGCAUAUCUGCUGGAAUCACAGUGGAGGAAUGUAUAGGUGUGGCACUUCUAGGUAAUUGUGUGCUAUAUUUAUCUGUGGAGGAUGAUACCUCUGAAUGGUCUGUCUGCCAAUCAGCCAAGGCUUCUGGAUAGCAGAACAAAGGCCCCGUUCCAUUUCAAUCACUAACCCCUUCCCCAUCAGUGUUCACAGAUCUGAAUGGACAAGAUAGGUGACAGCAAUAUGGUUAUGGCUCCACCUAGCCCUCCGAUGAUCUAACACAGAAUGGGUAAUGGCUAAAGAAGGCGCUAGGGGCUGAAAGGAACCGAGGCCGAACACGCGUAUUCAAGCUCCUCUUUAGGAGUCCUCAGACGAGCAUGUGCAAUAAUGAAUGCUGUUAUUUAAAUGAUCAUGGCACGCCAGCUAUUUUUCCUUUUUGCCUGACACCGGAACUUAAGCAUUUAGCCACUCUUGAUAAGGUGAAAAAGAUCGUCAGUACAAUAUUAUACUACUUACUAUCCUGAAUACUACUGAGUGAAAUGAAAUGUAGUUUUGGUGCAGUGUCGAUGCAUCAGAGAGGUUUUAAAAAGGAACAGUCUCAACCUUUGUUCGAGGAACAGAGGAUCACCAUUACUUGCCAAAGUUUGAACUUUGAACUCUUCGCAUACUUGUUUGCCUUACCUAUGCAGCCUACUAUAAGCAUGAUGUGACUCUAUAGGAAGACAUCAGCCUAGUAUAUGAGACCAUCUAUGACAUUAUGAUGGAGAUAUCAUUUGAUUGGCUGCUCUUUGAGAGCCAUUUGAAGCAGAGACGGUAACCGUCAGAUGAUUGGUUCACUUUAGUUGGACAUGUGCUUUAUAAACGAGCACAUCUUGUCAUUAAUGGACCAAACCUUUCAAAAAGAGAAUAUUUCACACUAGGCUACUAAAAAACUAAAUUGGGCUGCUGUGAGAGAUGUACCACAUCACCAGAGAAUAUCAUUCUGGAUUGUUCCAUUUCCAUUGGACUUCUUCGAGGUAUUUGUCUUGGUUUAGACCGCCAUUGCAUUCCCAUGAUGUUAUUGGCAACAUGUUCCUUAUUCUCCUACCUGUUCCAAACUUUGGCAGGCUACUGGUGGGACCAAUGUUCUAGAUUUCACAAUCGGUGAAGCUGUCACCCCCAAAGGUGUUUCUUCCUAUGCUGCUUUUGAUUGUUUUAAGUGUUCUUGCUGUACAUUUAGCCAUUUUCACAUUGUAAAUGGCUUGUUUUUUUCCACUGUAUUCUGUUGACCUUUGUGUGGAUAAUCAUGUCAGACUUUUGCUCUGUACGCAAACGUUGAAUAUCUGGGUAGCUGUGCAAUAGCUAUGCACGAUCUGCUUUAUUCUGAUGUUAACAAUCAUUUUUAUUAAGAAUCGUUAUGCGUCCUUGACUGUUUUCUUUUCUGAUUUGUAUGGUUUAUUAGAUUUUGAUAAUGCCAGAUUGUAAUAAAAUAGUCACAGCUA